UUUUGUUAUGUCAAGUUUUUUAUCUAUUUUUUGAUUUUGUUGUCAUAAUAAAUUAGAUAGACAGAGGGGCGGAUCCAAUAUUUUGGUUUUUAUAUUUAAAUAUUUAAUUCGUUGUUUUUUUUAUGAUAUUACAAUGGAAAUAAAAUGCAACAAAAUAAUUAUUUUAUUUUUUGUUGUACUUUUUGUGUGCCAAACAGUGUAUUCAAUUAAAUGUUGGGACUGUCGUUCUGAUAAUGAUCCAAAAUGUGCUGAUCCUUUUGAUAAUAGCUCAUUGGCCAUCACAGAUUGUACUCAAGAACCUGAGUUAUCCCACCUACCUGGAGCCAAAGCAACAAUGUGUAGAAAAAUAAGGCAAAAAAUCCAUGGAGAAUGGAGAUAUUUCAGAAGCUGUGCAUACAUGGGUGAGCCUGGUAUAGAAUUAGAUGAGAGAUUCUGCUUGAUGAGGACGGGCACAUAUAAUUUGUUUAUGGAGUAUUGCACAUGUGCAAGCAAAGAUGGUUGUAAUUCUGCUAUGCACCAAACUGUAAACAAAUUUGUCAUUAUGUCUAGUACAUUAUUAAUAAUUACAGUAGCAUAUCUUAUAUCAAAAGAAAAUUAAUCAUUGAUGUCAAAGCAAUUCAUCAAAGAAGUAAUUUUUGCUAAAAAAUGCCUUAGUUUAAUAUAAGAUCUAUGGAAUUUAUCACACAAGGCAUUAAAAUUGGAGCUGCUAGAAAAUUUUAAGUGCCUUUUCAAUAUUCUUUUAAUUUAGAAUGUUAUAUGUAAUAAAUCAAUGACGCGAAUUAACUUAAAUCAUUCCAUCCAUUUUUACAAAUUAAGUUUAUGUAGAAAAUUCUUUUAUUUUUUAUAAAUAUUCUAUAACCUUGGCGUUAUUUUUGCAUUACUUGAUCAGUUAAUAUCUUUUUUACAGAUUUUGUAAUAUAAUAAAUUUUAAUUAA